AUGUGUUGCCAUGUGGUUGUAGCUAUCCUAGAUAAUACCAAAAUUUCAGAGAUUGUGCUAACUGAUGAGUUAGAGCCUUUGUGUGUGGUGCCACCUACUGAUGAGGUGCCUGCUAACCCAACUGGAGUGUCUGCAUCCAAAGUGGCAGAUUCAGAAGAGCCUGCAGCUAAGGAGGCAGAUGUUCUAUUCACUGACUUAUUUGAUAAUGAGGAGGAAUAUGUUGGUGCGGAUGAUGAGCACAUCUAUAUGCCUGUGCCACCAUCAACUGCAGCAGCAUCAGAGCCUGAAUCUCAUGCACAACAAACUGAAUCUCAUGAAAAUAUCCCUGCUGCUGAAGGAGGUGAAGGAGGGAAAAGAGGUGAAGGAGGGGGAGGAGGACCAGUUGAGGUAGAGGGUUCAUUAUUUCCUGAUAUUGUGACAUUCAGAAAAGCAGUUAGGCAUUAUGCAGUGAAGAGGGGUUUUGAGUUCACUGACCUGAAGACAGAUAAGACCAGGUUCAUUGCCAAGUGUGCCCAUACAAGAUGUCCAUGGAGAAUACAUGCUUCUAGAGUUAAUGGUACCAAGACAAUUGAGAUAAAAGUCCUUCCUGCUGAGCACAAUUGCCCUACUACCAAACUGAGGGAAAGCAAAAUGACUACACAAGGGUGGGUUGCUGACAGACUGUCUGACUGGGUGAAGAAGAAUCCUGGGAAGGGUGCAAAGGAUGCCAAAGAAAAAGUAGAGGGGGAUUAUGGCAUCAAGUUGAAGUAUUCAAAGGCUUGGUCUGGUUUGAAACUUGCACUAGAGCAAGUUCAUGGUAAAUAUGAAGAGAGUUUUCAGUUAUUGUUCAAUUGGAAAGCACAGAUGGAGGUCAGUUCACCUGGUAGUCUGAUUGAGAUUGAUUUAGAGAGAAAAAAUAAGAAAAUGCACUUCAAGAGGAUUUUUGUAGCAUUGAAGCCAUGUGUAGAUGGAUUCUUAGCAGGGUGUAGACCAUAUAUAGGUGUAGAUGCUACAAAACUGAAUGGUAAAUACACAGGUCAGUUGGCAUCAGCCACUGCUGUAGAUGGGCACAACUGGUUGUAUCACCUAGCAUAUGCUGUGUUUGAUUCAGAGACUGAGGAGAAUUGGACUUGGUUUAUGGAGCAAUUGCAGAGAGCUGUAGGGAUACCAGAGGGCCUAGCCAUUUGUACAGAUGCAUGUAAAGGUCUUGAGACAACAGUAGGUGCUGUUUUUCCAACUGCUGAGUACAGAGAGUGCAUGAGGCAUCUGUAUGGCAACUUCAUGAAGUCCUAUCAAGGAUAUGUGUUUACAGAGCACUUGUAUCCAGCUGCCAGAAGCUACACAGAGGGAUUAUUCAGGUGGCACAUGAAGAAAAUUUUUGAGGUUGCCCCAGAUGCUAUAGAUUUUCUGGAGGAGCAUCACAAUAAGUUAUGGUACAGAAGUGGAUUCUCAUAA